AUGGAUACCAUAUUUCACGAGAAGGUAAAUAAUAAUAUACGUAAGUACCUAAUGGUAUUUCUAAUGUAAAUUGUUUUAACGGGAAAGUUUAUUACAGCAGGAAGGAUUUCUAUGUGCACAACAUUGUUUAAACGCACUUUUACAAGGACCUUAUUACAAUGCUGUAGAUCUUGCUAGUUUAGGUCACCAAAUGGAUGAAGAAGAGAGGAUAAGAAUGGCAGAAUCUGGUGUUGACAGUGAAGAAUAUAAACUUUUCUUAGAGCAACCAUCAGGAAACAUGGACGACAGUGGAUAUUUCUCAGUGCAAGUAAUCAGUAGUGCAUUAAAAGUAUGGGGAUUAGAGUUAAUCCCAUAUAAUAGUACGGAAUCUGCAGCUAUAAUGGCACAGAAUGACCCUUUACAGAUGAAAGCAUAUAUUUGUAACUACAAAGGUCAUUGGUUCACCAUAAGGAAAAUUGGAAAACAAUGGUUUAACUUAAAUUCAGUACUAAGUGGGCCAGAGCUUAUAUCAGAUACUUAUCUUUCAAUGUAUUUAGCCCAGUUGUUACAAGAAGGUUAUUCUAUUUUUAUUGUUAUUGGUGCACUUCCACAAUGUACUGCAGAUGAUAUUCUUAUGAAAAAUCCAAUAGAACCUAUAUCAAAAGGGCAAACAUCAUUAAGGAAUAAAUCAAAAGGUGUAAGUAACAAUGUAAUAUCAAAUACGUUUACUAGAACUUUAUCAAGUAAAGAAAAGCUACCAACAAACAAACUGCAAGAGAAGAUAAUUCCUAUAAAGGUUGAGAAAAGUGAUGAAGAUGAUGAUGAAAAUGCAGAAUUGCAAAGAGCACUUCAAUUAAGUUUUGAAGAGAAUAAAAGGAAUGAUGUAGAUAAGUAUCUUAAAUUAAGUUUGGAUUUUCACGAUUACAAUAAAAAAACAUCUGGGACUGACGAUACAGAUGAGGAUGAUGAUUUAAGAAGGGCUCUCCAAUUAAGCUUAGAAUGUGCAACAGCUCCAUCAACACCAGAAUCUGAAGACUUACACUGGCAUCAAUUAAAUCACUUUGAGAAACUUGUAAUACUUGUAAUCUUACAUAUAUUUCAAACAUUUUCAUGUGGGUGUCCAAGUAUUGCAAUCCCAUUUCAAGCAAACUUCGAGAAUUAUAAUUUGAAUAAUAAACUUACGGCAAUGAAAUUUCGACCGCAUGAUAUUGAUGAAUGGGACUUGGAUAUGAAUAAAAUUUCGAGAAAUAAAUGCAAAGCAUUGAAAAGAAAAGACUGGUUGAAGCAUGAGAAGUCAAUGUCAAAUUGUCAGUCAAUUAUUCUUGUGUAAUUGUUAGUUUAGGACAUUUUUGAAACCAAGGCUCACUGUAAAUUCCAUAAUUAAAUGCUGAAGAAAGAAACGCUAACAUAGAAAUAUUGGAACAACACAAUCACACUCAGCACGCAUUGAAGACAUCUGAGGAUUUUCAAGUCAACAAUUAUCUUUUAAAUCUCCUAUGUUUUUUGAUUUACUCCUUUUAUAAAGGAUGACUGUUGUUUAAAAGGAACACAGUUGUUCUAGUGUAUGCUAAAUUGAGUAAAUAUCAAACAGUUGUUAUAACACGUGCAUACGUAUAUGGAAAGUAUCAAUGGUCUAUGACGUGCUAAGAAUUUUGUACUUGUAUUAAUUCGUAAAACAACAUUAACUAUAUUGUUCAUUUGUAUAUUGUGUACACAAGCUUUGCGAGAAAGAGUUAGGUGAGCUAUAAAGUGACCGUGAUUGUGAUUGCGGCUGAGAUUGUGCUGCUCUUGAUUAAUAAAACACUUGUAUUUGUAUUUAAAGAGUGCCAAUUUUGCGCAGAGUUGUCUGGGUACUCUCUUAUAAAUAAUUUAUGACAAACGUCAAAAUACUUUCAAACCCUUCCUUCCACUUCUUGGUCACAAAGGAGCCUGCAUUUCUGCAGCAUUUUAAAGAGCCUCUCUUCCUCUGUAUUAAGUUCUUGUAACAUUAUAAUAGUGAAUGAAGAUAUAAGGUACCAAGAACCGUUCUGUGAUAUCUAUGUUAACACUUAAAUAAUUGAAAAGACUAAAAAUUUCUAAAUAUAAGUAUAUAUAUAUAAAUAUAUAUUGUGGUGAAACAGAAGUGAACAUAAAAGAAAUUAAGUAAUUGUUUCAAGAAAGAGGAAAAUUUAUACGUAAAGAUUACAUUUAAAAUUCUGCAAAUUCGAGACAAUGUCCAACAAUCCUCAGUGGAAAACGUUCCAGCCGCCAAUCAUGAACUCUGACCCUGCAAUACUUGAUUACAAGUCUAUGACUAUACCAAGUCCCAAAGUUAUAACGGGAUCACAUCAAGCAACAACUAAUAUCUACAGAAAUGGUACCAAUUAUAGUGGUGAUCAUUAUAUGAUGGAUUCACCUCCUGGAAAUGGAAAAAAUUCUAUACAAUAUGCUGGCUAUCCCAACACUAAAAUGUCACGUAACGAAGUUACCAGAUUUCCUUUUGGAACAUUUACAGGAAUGGAAGGAAGCACUGGCUAUACAGAAGAACCAACAACAAAUAACUCCACUUAUCAAGAUCAAUCUGAAAACCAAGGAACUCGAGAAACUGGAAUAAUUGAAAAAUUAUUACAUUCAUAUGGAUUUAUACAGUGCUGUGAAAGACAAGCAAGGUUGUUCUUUCAUUUUAGCCAAUUUAGUGGUAAUAUAGAACACUUAAAAAUUGGAGAUCCUGUUGAAUUUGAAAUGACGUAUGAUCGAAGGACAGGCAAACCUAUUGCUAGUACUGUUAGUAAGAUUGCUCCAGAAGUGGUGCUAAGUGAAGAAAGAGUUACUGGAAAUGUAACAACAGAAUUACAUACAAGUGGCGAUACACAAGGACGUAUCAGUUACGAAAAUCGUGGUGAAUGUUUUUUUCUGCCAUAUACAAAAGAUGAUGUUGAAGGAAAUGUUGUUUUGCGUGCUGGUGAUAAAGUGUCAUUUCAAAUUGCUACUAAUCAACGCGGAAAUUUAGGUGCAUGUCACGUAAGGCUGGAAAAUCCAGUACAUCCAGUCCGUUAUCGUGGAGUUGUAUGCUCGAUGAAAGAAAAUUUCGGCUUUAUUGAACGUGCUGACGUAGUUAAAGAAAUUUUCUUUCACUUUAGCGAAGCUAAGUCUAUGAAAGAAGAACUUAGACUAGGAGAUGAUGUUGAAUUUAUAAUACAAACACGAAAUGGAAAAGAAGUAGCUUGUAAUAUUACGAAGCUACCACCUGGUUCAAUAGUUUUUGAAGAAGUUAGCAAUGAAAUAGUAAAGGGACAAGUAUUGAAACCUCUGGAAAGGGGUACUGCAGCGCGCCAUCAAAAUGAUCCCUUGCCUGGAAGAAUUCGAUAUAGAGAUUCUGAAGAUCAUUCUGAAGUUGAGAUUCCUUUUGGUGAUAAGGAUCAAAAAGGAGAUUUUACUCUCAGACAUGGGGACUGGGUCCAAUUUCGUAUUGCUACAGAUACUAGAGAUCAACUCAAAAGAGCUACUGAAAUUUUAUUGUUACCUGAAUCUUUUACUGUAUCUGGUGAAAGACGAGAACAAGGCAUUAUAGCUGCACUCAAAGAUGGAUUUGGUUUUAUUCGUUGCGUAGAUCGAGACCCACGGCUUUUUUUUCAUUUUAAUGAAGUUUUGGAUGUUGAUAGAGAAAUUAGCGUAGGAGAUGAAGUCGAAUUCACAGUAAUUCAAGAUCCUUCCUCUUCAUUUUCAAAUAAUCGACAAAGUGCAAUUAGGUUGAAGCAUUUACCAGCCGGUACAGUUCAAUUUGAAACAAUUAUAGAAAAAGAUUUAUUGGGUACUAUAAUUCAGGGUAUAAAUGGCGUUGUGCCUGGUCUUAUUGGAUAUACAAAAGAAUAUCAACAAAAGAGCGUUAUUUUCUUUAGUAAAGAUUGCGAUCCUAAAAAUAUCCCAAGACUUGGCGACAAGGUUCAAUUUAGUAUCUGUCAAGUAAAACGAAAUAAGGAACUUGUUGCAGUUGACAUAUCUCUAGUGAAUUCUUCUGGUGAAAAAACUCAAAACGGCAACAAAAAAUUAAAUGGUCAAAUUUGUCAAGGUUUCAUUGCUGCACUUAAAGAUGGAUUUGGUUUUAUUGAGACUGUAAAUCAUGAUAAAGAAAUAUUUUUUCACUUCAGCAAUUUUGAAGGGGAUGUUAAUGCUUUGGAAGUAGGAGCUGACAUUGAAUGUAUGAUCAGUUCUGGAAAUGGUAGAGGUAAUGGUGGUUGCGUAGCCGCGGAUUAUGUCAAAUUGGUACCUCGUGGAAGCAUUCCUAGGCCAACACCAGUUAGCGAAGUACUUGAUGGAACGGUUAUUAGACCUUUACGAAGUGCAAAUCCUGACCAGGCAGAGUAUGCUGGUUUAAUAAAGAUAAAUGCUACUAACGAAGAGGAAGAUACUCCGGAAUAUGAAUUCAGAAUUAUGGGACUUGUCAAUAAACGCGAACUGUUACAAGCUGGUGAUCCUGUACAAUUACAAGUGGAUUCGACAGGUCACGCUUGUAAUAUCGUAGCAGUUAGGAAAAAGAGGAGAGCAACAGUCGAUGCAGUGAAAGGCCCUUUCGGUUUUCUUACUUAUGAAGUUGAUGAGGGUAAGAAGUUAUUUUUCCACAUGAGUGAAGUUCGAGAUCAUGCAAUACUUCAACCAGGAGAUCAGGUUGAAUUCGUUUUGAUUACGAAUCAGCGUACUGGUAAAUCAUCUGCAUGCAAUGUAACACGAUUAAGUGAUGCAGUUCAACAACGACCCGAACGUCUGAUCAGUCGAUUACGUACUACAUCUUUGGAAGACACAGGUCCUAAAUUAACAAUAGUUAGACAGCCAAGAGGGCCAGACGGCACGCGUGGAUUUAGUCAGGAAAGAUCCCAGCAUACCCCUGGUGCCAUUCAAGAGUAAUGUCGUAUUGAAAAGGAUUAUUGCUUAUCCAAAUUGUAAUCUACAUUACUUGUUUUUAGUCCAUACACUUCGGUACCGAGAUUAUUAUUAUUAUAAGCAUCAUAAACAUUUGCCAAAUUGAGACUAAUGUGACAACAAUAAUAUUGAUAAUAAUCGAUUGGAUCAUGAUCUUGUUGAGAAAAGAAUAUAAAAUAAAAAAACAACGAGUCAUUUUAUCAUCUUAUAAAGUAUGAAAAUAAUCAGGAAGGCAGUUUGUCCGAACUAUUUCAAUUACUUUAAACAAUUUACUGAAAUUUUUUUUUUUUUAAAGAAUGUAAUAGACUUUUAUAAUUAUGAACAAUAGUUACAAGAUAUUAUUGAAACUUUUAAUUUUCUUUUCAAUAAAAAUUUUUAAAAUAUCUCCUCCAUUCAGUUUAUUAUUGAUACAAUUAUAGAUUGGAAAGUAAUUUAACAUUGAACUGUUUGACAACCUGCCUGUUUGUAAUGUUCAAAGAUAAUGUCCCGUCUAUCUUUAUAAAAAUAUACGUACAUGUUGAUAAAAUCUUUAUUUAUAUUAUUUUCUUUAGAAUAUUUGUUUUACCCGUAUAUAUUGCGAUCAAUUAAAAUAUUGUAUAAUAGUCGAAAACGAAGUCAUAUGCAAUACAGCAUAUAUGAUAAAAUAUUAAUUGGCCAUAUAAUCAAAAAGAAAAAGAAAAAAAUGAAGAAAAUGCAUUCGUAUUAUUAUUUGCUAAAAUUUGUGAAUUUACAUAAUUUUGUAGUCGAAGAAGCAGACAUGUGUUCUACUAUAUAAAUUAUUGUAACGUGUUACUCUGUUGAAGAGAAAAUGUCUAUGAAUUUGUAAAAAAGUUACAACUGGCCAAUUGUUUGUCCUAGAUAAUAUAUAACAUAUAAAUAUAUAUACAUGUCGUUAAGUUCCUGAUGCAGUCUCGUGUUAUAAAAUCAAACUAGUAUUAUGGAUUCAGUCGACAUAUAAUACAAAAAAUUACAAAAAGUACUUAUGAGAGUAAAAAAAUUGCAUUUUAUAAGUUUUGCCAUCAGAAACAACAAGCGAGGUACAUGUGGCAUUAUGUAGAAAAUAGGAAAGGAGUAAAAUAACAACUUGCAUUAACGCAAGCACGAUACAAACUGAACGUUUGUUGAAAACUCAUGGAUCCAACACAUCAUGUGCAUACAUAUUGUAAAAUUAUUGAUGAAUAAACAAUGAAAAUAUCACAUACAUCUCUUUUCUAUGAAUCUCGAAGAUUUGAAUAAGAAAUAAUUGAGAUUUUUAUAGAUUAUCAUUUCUUUAAUAAGUAUUAUUUUUAAUAAUUUUUUAAAAUAUUUCUAGUAAUAAAACGAUUACCGUAUAUACAAUAUAUUUAUUAUGUAUGUACAAAGAUGUGUAAAUUUUCGCAAAAUAUGUUUAUUUUUUGUACUUAACAUACUGGAUGUAUUUGAUUUUUGAUAGAUUAAAAGAAGGCAAAAUUACAAAUUAAAUCACAACACAUUCGUAAGGAAACGGUCCCCGGAAACGUUGAUUAUUUGGUCCUGGGCAAGGUUUAUCACAGUGUGGCCCGUAAUAACCAGUUCCUUCGCAGCGACAUUUAAAUCCAGGAUCUGAUGAUAUUUGCAAGCAUGAUCCCCCAUUUAAACAAGGUUUCGAUCUAUAACAUAUAUCGCUACGUCUACCUCUUAACGCUUCUUUGCAAUCAUCGUUAGUACUAUAUCUAUAUUCGGAGGAACAACCGUAACCGCAUCUGCAUUGAGCAUUAUAGAUACGACAUCCAUAUUGCAUUUGAUCCAAAUCACAAGCUUUUGAUAACGUACCUAUAAUAACGAGUAGCAGAAUUAUUGGUAGUACCAGUCUUGGUAGCAUGAUGGACCUGAAGCUCACACAAAAUCCGGGGGGAGAGCUGUUCCGAUAACGAUAAUCCAGAUAAUUGUAGAUGUCAGAAGACAGAGAUCGACGACCAGCGCCUGCAGCUAGGCUAUUAUUUGAACUCGGUGGGGUUAAAGGUCGCUCGUCAAAAGGGGGCUCUUUACACAUUCACUAUCGCGAGGAUAAAAUUCGUGCUCCGGUGCAACGUUCCUUGUGUCAGCUAGCAUCUAUACUCGUUGAACGCGUCAAUCGGACUGAACAGCCUACAUCAGACAGCUGAAGGCAACUGCCUCUUUACGACUAUUAACAAAAUGCGGCCCAACGCGCUUAGCUAGUACACCCACCAGGCUAUGCUAGACUAAAGAGCCAUGCGUGGGGUGUAAAAUCAACUGUUG